UCAGUGAAAAAAAAGUCAUAACGCCGUGGUGUACGGUAACGGUUAUAGCUUUAUUUUAUUUUCAGUUAUUAUCUCUUCUAAAGAAUAAUGGGAAAAGAAUAAUGGGAAAAGAAUAAUGGGAAAAACGAUCAGUUAAGUUUAGUUUGAUUGUGUUAUAUUUGGUUCAUGUGUCCUCAUGCAAUGGCGAUGUGGAGAUGUUCAGGUAUUUUACCAUCUCAUGUGUUUACUCUUAAUGUGAAAGAUAAUUUACAGGCCUUAUUUGGAUCCAUGGAGUCCUUACAUGCGAAUGAAAGCAUAAGACAACUGGUGUUUUGGAUCCUAUGGCUAUUAUGGAAGUCAAGAAACGAAUUCAUUUUCCAGAAGAGAAACCUUCAUCCUAUAGAAGAUCUUCGACGGGCUAUCGAUGCAAAUACUGAAUGGUAUAGGAAUGUUGUUCUCCCUAAAUCUGGACCACAACAACAAAUUGUGAAAUCUUCAAAAUGGGAACCUCCACCAAUAGGUUGGCUUAAGUGUAAUUUUGAUUAUAAUUCUGCCUCUGAAGAUACAAUGGAUGGGGUUGGUUGGAUUUUAAGAGAUGAUUUAGGAAGAUUCUUGGGUGCGGGAAGUGUUCAAGUACAAAAGAUGCAGACAUCUUUAGAAGGGGAAGCUUUAAGUUUUCUUAUAGCUCUUCAACAAGUUUGGGUUCGUGGUUUGCGAAGAGUGUGGUUUGAAGGAGAUAACCAAGAGCUGUGUACAGCUAUUAAUCAAGUUAAAGACCAUGUGGAAUUGGGGAAUUUGCUAUGUGAUAUACGUCAUUGGUUACAACUUUUUCCGGAAUGCUCACUGGACUUUGUAAAUAGGGAAAAGAAUUAGGCGGCUGAUGCUAUUGCUUAAAAUGCUAUUCAUCAAAGUGUUUCUGCUCUAUUUUAUCAUUUGCCUCCUGUUUGGCUAAUUAAUUUCUUGUAUCAGCCUUUUACAAUCUAAUAAAAUUUAUGUGGUUAAAAAAAAAAGAGUUUAGUUUGAUUGUGCGCGUUCUCAUCAUUACUAGGGUUUUCGACUUAGAGAAAAAGCAAGAAGCCUUAACCUUUUUCACUAUCGGCAACAAAAUUAACGAAAACUUAUUGAAGGGGUGUUAGGUUUAGCGAUGGAUAGGUUGAGUAUCUUACCAGAUGACUUGAUCUUUAAGAUACUCUCUUUUGUUCAAUCGAUAGUUUCAGUGUCCACAAACCUUUUGUCAAAACGUUGGUGUUCACUUUGGAAACACGUCCCAAAUCUUGUGUAUUUGGAUCCACAUAUUGAGUGUGAGUACUGGAGGGCUUCACGUUUUAUCGACAAGUUUUUGCUACUACGUGACGCUCAUGCGCUAGAAACUAUGCAUCUAUAUAUUAGUCAAAACUGUCCUCCUACCGAUAUUGAAACAUGGGUUGGUAUUGCAGUUUCUCGUGGUGUGCGCGAUCUUCUGGUUUUCCGGUGUAGACCAUGUUUCAGGCCCAUACGGUUGCCUAGGAGCUUGUAUACAUGUAAAACCAUUGCGACUUUAAGCCUUCAUCAAGCCUUCAUAGUUGAUGUUCCUUUGAAUAUUUGCUUCCCGUCACUCAAGAGUUUGUCUCUUGAAUUUGUGGAGUUCCCUAGCGAUGAAACCGUUCAUCGGCUUCUAUCUGGUCGUCGUGUUCUUGAAGACCUAAAAGUGGCUCGAUGGAGCCAUGACAAUGUGAAAACUUUCAAAAUCAUGGUUCCUUCAUUGCAAAGAUUAACGAAUACCGAUGUUUUCUUGUAGUGAAAUGGUAAUCCAGUUCCAGGACCUGAUGUUGGGUUUGUGAUCGAGGCUCCUUGUUUAAAGUCGUUAGCUAUUACUAGCAAGUUUGGUUGGUUCCACUCACUAGUGAAAAUGCCAUACCUGGUGAAGGCUAACAUAAUGCUUCGACAUGGAGAUUCUAAGAAUAUUCUCGGAUGUGUUACCUCAGCCAAACACCUAUCCUUAUGUGUGAAUCAGGAUUUUUAUCCAAUAGGGGACUUCAAUGAGCUCGUGUCUCUUAAAGUCUGUACUUGUUCUUUAGUGUUGUAUCGUCUUAUACUCAGACGUGCACCUAAACUCCGCUUUCUCAGAUUCCAAGGUCAAGCAAACUUUAUUCCAACUCCCUACCUAAAUGAUCUUCAGAAAUGUUACAGCAGUUUUGGACAAGUCCAGAGUGAGUGGGAGGCACCGAGUUCUGUUCCUGAAUGUUUGAUUUCGAGCCUCGAAACUGUCGAGUGGAAUGAUUACAAAGGAACAGAAGCAGAGAACAAAGAGGUUUUGUAUUUGGUAGAUAACUCUGGAGGACAGCUAAAGACAGUGGCUGUUACACUCUCAAAGUCAGACACCACUAGGGGAAAAAGACACAUGAUACUGGUAGAGCCUAAACGAAGGAGUUCUAACAAAUGACAGCUCUGAGAUAUAUAAUAUUUUAGUCGUUUUUAUUAUUCUUGGAGCACUAUUUCAGUAUUUACGUUGUUUUGAUUGAUGGAGCGAACUCUGUUUCGCUAUUUCGGAUAUUCUACUUUUAAAUGUUUUGACCAAGCAGGAAGGUUAUAACCGAAACAGAAGAGCUGCCUUGCGAAUCAAGUCAUCUCAUAGAUAACAUAUAGACCACAUCUAUGUUUUUUAAAUAGCGAAUUUUUCCAUUCUCUUUUAUUUGGUGUUUUUAGCAACUGAAGCAUGAAUAUCCGAAAACUUGAGAUCAUAC